AUGUCCGAGUUAAUUCAGACGAAUCUGUCUGCCCAAUUUCAGGCUCUUUCUGGGGGAAGCCACGAAAGAGAACAGGGAAGCAAUUCGUUUGUGGACUUAGUUUUGGAUCAGUUGGAUGGCCAAGCAGGCACAAGCCGCGAAACUCCCAGAAGCAAUCAAUCGGACCUCAGCCAAAGGCCAGAUAAGGUUGGCCAUAUUAUAAAUAGUUGGAAGCUACGGUUUAAUGGAAAUCCAGAGGGAAUCAGCGUCAACAAUUUUAUAUAUAGAGAAGAAGCUUUGACUGGCCAAACCUUGGAAGGGAAUUUUUCGGUUCUAAGCAGCAACGCUAGCCUUUUGUUCGAGGGAAAAGUGCGCGAUUUUUAUUGGAGGUGCCACAAGCAAACCCAAAAUCUGAGCUGGGAUGCUUUAUGUGCAGCCUUGCGAAGGCAAUUCCGCGACGCCCGCACCGAUCUCGAUAUCCGAGAAGCCGUUCGGGAUCGGAAGCAGCAGGAUAAGGAAGGCUUUGACGCGUUCUAUAAUGCCAUAGAGGAGUUGGUCGAUAGUUUGGAGAUGCCGUUGACCGAAAUGGAAAUGGUCGAGGGAAAAGACAAGCGUCCGUAUGCCAAAGUGCGAAUUUUAGAUCGCAUUGUGACAGGGUUGUUAGAUACAGGGGCCGCGGUGAGUGUUAUAGGUGGAAGCCUGGCACAACAGAUAAUUCGCAACCGAGUACCGUUUAAGCGCGGAAUAUUUUCUAUAAGUACCGCAGAUGGAAAAAAACAGGAAGUGCUAGGACGAAUAACUACACCGGUCCAGUAUAAGGAUCAGGAAAAAAAACCUGGAGCUCCACAAAUGCAAAUUUCCGAGUUAGUGGCUGCAUCACACGAUCUCACCGCUACGCAGCACGAAAGUUUACAAAGAGUUAUAGGAAAGUUUCCUUCAUUCGCUGAGUCUGGCCUGGGAAAAACUUCUAUUCUGUCACAUACGAUUGACGUAGGGGAGGCAAAACCAGUAAAACAGCGGCAUUUUCCGGUAUCACCGGCAAUAGAAAAACUCCUUUACGCAGAAGUGGAUCGUAUGCUUAAACUUGGAGUUAUUGAGGAAUCGGACAGUGCUUGGUCCACCCCAGUGAUAUUGGUGCAGAAGCCAGGAAAAGUUCGGCUCUGCUUAGACAGCCGGAAGGUCAACGCAGUCACCAAAAAGGAUGCUUAUCCGCUUCCACAGAUAGACGGGAUAUUAGGCCGGCUUCCGAAAGCUGUAUAUAUAUCUAGCUUAGAUCUCAAGGACGCCUAUUGGCAGGUACCGCUCGACCCAGAAUCUCGUGAUAAAACGUCAUUUACAAUACCUGGAAACCCGUUAUAUCAGUACAAAGUAAUGCCGUUCGGAUUAUCCAAUGCUUCACAAACAAUGACACGACUGAUGGAUAAAGUCGUUCCAGCAGAAUUGAGGAAUGAGGUUUUUGUCUAUCUGGACGACCUUUUGAUAGUAUCAGAUUGCUUUGAGGCACAUUUAAAGGUGUUAGAGGUAGUUGCGGGGCAUAUAAAGGCGGCGGGGCUCACCUUGAACAUAGAAAAGAAUCAUGCCUCCCUCAAAUGGCUGAUGUCGCAGCCAGAUUUGCACUCGCGGUUGGCUCGUUGGGCUCUGAAAUUGCAGCGAUUUAAUUUUAAAAUUGAACAUCGCAGCGGCAAACUAAAUGUCGUGCCAGAUGCACUUUCUAGGGUAAACGAGAGCGUCGAGGUAUUGGAAGUAAGUAGAGAUUCACUAGUUGAGUUGGAUUCAGGAGCAUUCAAGGCGGCAGAAUAUGUGAAUUUAGUAGAACGGCUUAAAGCAAAUGGUGAUAGGUUACCGGACAUGAAAAUAGUCGAUGGCUUGGCGUACAAAAGAACAGAGCAUGCUACAGGUGAAUUUCUGAACGAUCAGAUCAUCUGGAAGAUAUGGAUUCCGAAGGAUUUGAUCCAGGAAGUUCUGAAGAAUGCCCACGAUCAUCCCAUGGCAUCGCACGGGGGAAUUCAUAAAACAGAGCGAGUGAGACGUUAUCGUUAUUGGCCUGGUUUAGUAAAAGAUGUCAAAUCAUAUGUUCUAGCCUGUGAUACCUGUAAGAUGUCAAAAGCUCCUAAUACAGUUCAAAGACCGCCGAUAGGGGUUCCUCCGGAGUCAGACAGAUUUUUCCAAAGACUAUUUAUCGACUUCUUGGGACCUUAUCCGCGCUCUAGGAGUGGAAACAUUGGGAUUUUCAUCGUUUUGGACCAUUAUUCCAAAUUCGUGUUUUUGAAGGCCGUCAAAAAGCUAUCAGCUGAAGUGGUCGUAAAAUAUCUGCAACAGGAACUCUCCCAUACAUACGGAGUGCCUGAGACGAUUAUUUCAGAUAACGGUUCCUAG